GGCUGCCUGGAACCGUCCUUGUGAGGCCGGAAGUAGGGAUCCGGUCCGCCGAAAAUUGUAGACCCCCGAGAGGUCGGAAGUGGGAGCGAUUAGUGUGGUUCUCCGGGAGGCGGGAGGCGAUCUGGCGACCCGGCGGCAUGGCGGGGCUGGAGCUCCUGUCGGACCAGGGCUACCGGGUGGACGGGCGGCGCGCCGGGGAGCUGCGCAAGAUCCAGGCGCGGAUGGGCGUGUUCGCGCAGGCUGACGGCUCGGCCUACAUCGAGCAGGGCAACACCAAGGCGCUGGCCGUGGUCUACGGGCCGCACGAGAUCCGGGGCUCCCGGGCACGAGCCCUACCAGACAGGGCCCUGGUAAACUGUCAGUACAGUUCUGCGACCUUCAGCACAGGCGAGCGCAAGCGGCGGCCACAUGGGGACCGGAAGUCCUGCGAGAUGGGUCUGCAGCUGCGUCAGACCUUUGAGGCAGCCAUCCUUACGCAGCUGCACCCCCGCUCCCAGAUUGACAUCUACGUGCAGGUGCUGCAGGCAGACGGUGGGACCUAUGCGGCUUGUGUGAAUGCAGCCACGCUGGCAGUGCUGGAUGCCGGGAUACCGAUGCGGGACUUUGUGUGCGCCUGCUCCGCCGGCUCCGUGGACGGCACCGCCCUGGCGGACCUCAGCCAUGUGGAGGAAGCAGCGGGUGGUCCCCAGCUGGCCCUGGCCCUGCUGCCGGCCUCAGGCCAGAUCGCACUGCUUGAGAUGGAUGCCAGGCUGCAUGAGGACCACCUGGAGCGGGUGCUGGAGGCCGCUGCCCGGGCUGCCCGAGAUGUGCACACGCUGCUGGACCGUGUGGUCCGGCAGCAUGUGCGAGAGGCCUCUGUGAUGCUCGGGGACUGAAUGAAGUGCAUCACCCACGGCCAGAAUAAAAUCCACACACAGCCCGCUGCACUUUGAUCUCCCACAGUAGUUCAGAGUUUGGCCUGGUGCUGGCUUGGGGGGGCGACUAGGGACCUUCCUCCCCCGCACGAACUGCAUACCUCUUGCAGCCUCAGGAUUCGAAUCCUGAAGAAGAGCGGGGGAGAGUUUGUCCCUGAUGGAGAAAACAGCUUGUGCCGAGAGGGGUUGAAGGCAGCGGAGCAGUGAGGUGUGGCCUGACAGACUGAGCCAGGCCCUUAGGUGGAGUCUUUUCCUCACCCCACACACGCGUGGCCCUGAGCACAAGGGCUGAGGUAGCUCUCAGCUGGCUCUGGGUACCCACCCUGCUGAUGUGGGAGGGGCCGCGUCCACAUCCUAGGACUAUGACUUAGGACUAAAUGGCUCCUUUUCCCCUAAAAACCCUGGGUCUGUUCUUAGCUUCGGCCCCAAAAGUACAACAGACGCUCAUUCCCCCCUGGAGUUUUCUCUCCUCAGCUCUGACCCACCCUCAGCGGGACACACAUUCCCCGCUCCUUUCCCUCCUGCUCUCAGACCUGCCUGAGCCCUGAGCACCCGCCCCAGCGAUCUACAUCCAGAGGCUGCUUCU